AGCAGUUCGGCGUCGGGCAGCUAAUGAAACAUUGGACCAAUGCCUUAGAAAAUCAUUUUCUCCGCCUCCUUCUAAUAAUAUGAAUGUUGUCCAUUGAUGUCAGUGGACGCUAUUCAUUAGAUUAACCGUAAAACACCGAUGUUAGCGUCAGACUGCUUAUUAUUUGCAGCGGCCACAUUUUCCGUUUUUGGCCGCGCUAGCUAACUAGCUAGCCUAGCUCCUGUUAGCCUGUUAGCACGCCUGUGAUGGCACAGCCGGGGAGCGACGGGAUAAAGAAAGCCUAAACUCUGCAUGGCGACGGACUGGCGGCAGUGGGAGUGAGCAGCCAUUCAGCCGAGGCCACCAGUAGCAACAUGGCGUCCCGUCAAAGGAAUUCGGUCCGCAUCUUGUCCAAUCGGGAGCGAGGCUCGCAGACCUUUGGCUCGCAGCGGCUCCUGCAGCUGCUGGUGGAGGAGAAAGUCCGCUGGAUGAAAUGGCAGAGUCAGAAGGUGGAGCUUCCGGACAGCCCUCGGUCAACGUUCCUGCUGGCAUUUAGCCCCGACAGGACCCUUAUGGCUUCCACACAUGUCAACCACAACAUUUACAUAACGGAGGUGAAGACUGGAAAGUGCCUGCACUCCCUAGUGGGCCACCGUAGAACCCCCUGGUGUGUGACCUUCCACCCCACAAUACCCGGCCUGGUGGCCUCUGGGUGCCUUGAUGGUGAAGUCCGCAUCUGGGACCUACAUGGUGGGAGUGAGAGUUGGUUCACAGAGAGCAAUGUUGCCAUUGCUUCCCUGGCCUUCCAUCCGACUGCUCAGCUCCUCCUGAUCGCCACUAACAACGAGCUCCACUUCUGGGACUGGAGCCAACCCGAGCCUUUUGCCGUGGUGAAGACGGGCAGUGACACGGAGAGAGUCCGGUUGGUCAGGUUUGACCCUCUGGGUCACAACCUGCUGACAGCGAUAGUGAACCCAUCCAAUCAGCAGAAUGAGGAGGACUCAGAGGUUCCUAUGGACAGUGUUGAGAUGCCUCACUUCCGUCAGCGCUCUUUCCUGCCCACCCAGCCGGUUCGCCGCACACCCAUCCUCCACAACUUCCUCCAUAUCUUGUCGUCUCGCUCCCCAGGGGCUCAGGUGGGAGGCGAGCAGCCACGCCCUCUUGGUGAAAAUGGAAGCAAUGUCGGAGAAUCUCCCAGCAUGCCCCUGGCCCAGUACCCCAGCUCUGAACGUGGGCCUCCUUUCCCUGGCUGCACGCAACACCUGGGCAUGGUUUGCCUGUGUAGUCGCUGCUCAGUAAAUCGCAACCCUUCCCUGGCCGUCAGUGGUUCCUCUGGGACCCCCUCUGAUCCCAGGGUGUCAUGUGACGCUCCCCAGCCUCCCCCUGCUUCCAGUUUCUCAUCGGCCCGUACGGAGCCUAGACAGCCCACAGAACGACCCUCAGCCUUUACCUCAGUCUACUACAGCGCCGGCACUUCUCUUAAUCCCACUGCACCAAGCGGCAUCGAGCUGCACUCCACCUCCAGACCAGGACCUGACUGGACUCGCAACCUGCUGAGCAUGAGGGAGGGGGGGGUCGGUCCAGGCAUGCUGCCUCCCAGAACCUCCUCCUCCUCCUCCAUCAGCCUUCUUUCAGUGCUCCGUCAGCAGGAUGGCUCCUCUCAGUCCCCUGUCUACACCUCUGCUACUGAAGGACGGGGUUUCCCCCAACAAGGAGAGUCUGGGACCCGAGAUGCUGCCAGUACAAGCAGCGGGCACCACCCAUUCUGGGACGGCUCUCGCAGCAACACAGCCUCCUUCCGCAAUGUCCUGCAGUGCAACCUGAGUCGCUACUUCAUGGAGUUUGACCGCAUGCAGGACCUGGAGCCGCCUUUAGGGGGUGGCAUGGUGGACGGAAGCCAGGACCAGAGCCAAGAGUUGCUGAAUAAUAACAUGGACCCAGACAGACCUGGGCCUUCCUCAUCUUCCUCCUCCUCCACCCCUACUAUCAUCCACUACCAGCCUCCUCUCCCUCCCCCUCCUUCCUCCCACAGCCUGGAGAACAAUGUUCCUCCCCCAGCCUCCCGAGGCCAUCUGAACCGCUGCCGGGCGUGCCACAACCUACUGACCUUCAAUCAUGACUCUCAGCGCUGGGAGCGCACCAGCCAGGCCUCCUCCACCUCUGCCUCCACUCUGGAGCCUUCCUCUUCCUCUUCCUCCUCCUCCUCCUUCCCUGCUUCUUCUUCCCCUUGGCAGCCUGAAGAGAGCAGGAGAACACUAGAAGCCCAACCCCAGGAGAGGAGGGCGCCUCCGGAUCCCAGCGAGCAGCCACCUCCCCCUGGAGGUGGAGGAGCCGCAACAGUGGCCUUCCCGAUAGCCCCGUCCUCUAGCCAGCCUGGAGAGCAGACGGUGGGCUUGGUGUACAACCAGGACACAGCGCAGUGGGAGAGGGUGUAUCGACAGGCUGCUGCCGGACGGUCGGCAGAGCCACCGGAGGCCUUAAGCCAAGAAAUGCCUGUUGACCCCCCAGAUGAGGACUCCCUCAGGAGGCGACUGUUGGAAUCAUCUCUUUUAUCGUUGUCCCGUUACGAUAUGUCAGGAUCAAGAGACCACCCCAUUUACCCUGAUCCAGCCAGGCUUUCUCCUGCUGCUUACUACGCCCAGAGAAUGAUCCAGUAUCUCUCCAGACGGGACAGCAUUCGCCAGCGCUCACUUCGUUACCAACAGAAUCGCCUGCGGGCCAUGUCAUCUUCAUCAGACAGCCCUGCCAGCAACCCGUCCAGCUCCAUGGACAACAGUGAUGUGGACUUUGAGGAGCUGGAUGAUAAUGGAGACAGGGCGAGGCACAGGACUCCACGCAAUGCUAGGAUGUCUGCACCCUCACUGGGCCGCUUUGUGCCACGGCGUUUCCUCCUCCCUGAGUACCUGCCCUAUGCUGGAAUCUUCCAUGAGAGAGGGCAGCCCGGCCUGGCCACACACUCCUCUGUCAACAGAGUACUCGCUGGGGCAUCAAUUGGGGACGGUCAGUCUGCCGUCGCAAGCAACAUCGCAAACACCACCUACCGUCUGCAGUGGUGGGACUUCACCAAAUUUGACCUGCCUGAGAUCAGCAAUGCCUCAGUCAAUGUUCUGGUGCCAAACUGUAAGAUCUACAACGACGCAAGCUGCGACAUCUCUGCAGACGGCCAGCUGCUGGCUGUCUUCAUUCCCAGCAGUCAGCGGGGUUUUCCAGACGAGGGCAUCCUGGCCAUCUAUUCUCUGGCUCCACACAACCUGGGAGAGAUGCUGUACACCAAGAGAUUCGGUCCUAAUGCCAUCUCUGUCAGCCUGUCUCCCAUGGGCUGCUACGUGAUGGUGGGCCUGGCCUCUCGCAGGAUCCUGCUGCAUCCCACAACCGACCAUAUGGUGGCGCAAGUCUUCCGCCUGCAACAGCCACACGGAGGAGAGACUUCUAUCAGGAUGGUGUUCAAUGUGGUUUACCCCAUGGCUCCAGACCAGAGGCGCCAUGUCAGUAUCAACUCGGCUCGCUGGCUUCCGGACCCUGGGAUGGGUCUGGCUUAUGGAACCAACAAGGGAGACCUGGUCAUCUGCCGGCCCGUGUUCUAUCGCAGUGAUGGUGAGAGCACCGGAGAGUCGGGCAGUGAACCUUUAUUCUCUGUCAACAACAGUGGAACCAGCCGGACCCGUGGUUCUGACAGACCUGGGCCAAAUCGCUCUGGCUGGAGACUGGACAGAGACAUGGGAUUGAUAAACGCGAUUGGUCUUCAACCCCGACAUCCCGCCCCUUCAGUGACAUCACAAGGAACUCAGACGCCAAUCAUCCAGCUUCAGAAUGCCGAGACACAAACAGAGAGGGACCUAUCAGAGCCCAGCGCCUCCCAGCCUCCUCUGAAUGUCCCUCCCGAGACUCCAUCCACAAGUGGAGCAGCUCAUGGGCAGCUGGAGGUGUCUCAGAGUGGCAGAGCUCAGGACAGUGUCCAGGGUGAAGCUUCAGCAGAGGCCAACACGUCCACAGCUACUGGAGAGUCUCCAGAGUUCGGUACAGGUGAAGACGCUCUGGCACGAAUUCGCCGGCUGAUCGCAGAGGGCGGUAUGACAGCUGUAGUCCAGCGGGAGCAGAGCACCACCAUGGCCUCCAUGGGCGGCUUCGGGAACAACAUCAUCGUCAGCCAUCGCAUCCACCGCGGCUCCCAGACGGGCACCGGGGCCUCCAGGCCUGCAGCUGACCCCACCAUGACGGCCCCUUCCUCCUCCUCAGGUCCCCUCCUCAUCACCCAGACACAGCCGUACCCCCCUCCCCAGGCUUCUAACCCAUCUGAACAGCUGGCUCCCGCGUGGAGCCCCCAGCCCUCUCUGGCCGUGGACAUGGACGACGUGUUCGAUGGAGGACGAAUGGACGACGACUCCUUGCCAGGUCCCUCCUCUUCCUCUUUGCUGCUGUCUUCCCCCUCCUCCUCCUCCUCCUCUUCUCACAGCCCCCUCCCCGACGGCAGUGGCGGCGGCGGCGGCCCCAACAGUUACCCUGGCGACCCGUACAGCAGGUAGUUCUCCCAUUGGCCAAUAGAAGCAGAGCGUUGGCAGACGGGUUUCGUAAAGGGCGCUCCUCAAAGCCUUAUCUCACAAAGAAAUGGGUGCUGCUUCGACUCUGCACAGGGUCUCCCGCCUGGAAAAGAAGGGACACAAGAACCACACCUCACCCCGAAACCUAGAGUGGCAUUGGCGUGCACAUCCUCUGCACUUAAAAACUGGACUGAAGCUGAACCGUGAUCAUUCCUCGUCAGAAAGGGCAUCUACUUGAACGGAGGCCAGUUAGCGCUGAGCUCCUCUCCGCUCAUUUCUCUUUAAGUAUCAGCAUGAUGGAAGAUCAGAGUGCUGGGUCGGGGGUCGGGGGUCAGGGGUGGGGGGUAUCUCUUUCUCACACACAUUUACUCCAGCGUGCUGCAUUCGGUGCCAUGUGAUGUUGAAUUUGAUGUGAAAUAGUGCGUGAUUGAAGUGUUCAAAAGUGAAUUCAGCACUACUUUAUUUUGAAGCCUGUUUUUGUACCGUGUGUAAUUAUGAUGUUUGAAAAGAAGUUAUCAUGUUGAGGCCGCGUGGGCCCCGGGCCGGACUCCUUAUAUGGCAGCCUGCGGCUCAUGGGGGAUGUUACUGUGUCCCACCAUGUGGAGAAUCAAUCAUAGAUGACUGAAUGGACAACUGGGACUGGACGAACUGAAUCUACUGCAUGUCUUUUCAAUAAUGCUGCAGUUCAUCAAACAGAUGCAUUGAUUUGUUUUCAAAAGGCUGAAGAGGAGAAGAACCAUUUCCUGUUGGGGGCGGACGAGGGGGGGGUCAUCAUGACCUGCUCAAACUCCCCUCACCCCUCUAAAACAUCCACCAACCCAGUUGCACUAUGGUGUGUUUGGUGCCAAGAGAGGCCUGUGUGUGUGUGUGUGUGUGUGUGUGUGUCUGUUUGGAGCUGGCAGUAAAGAAAUACAGGAUAUGAUGUCAUCAGUCUCCAAAACCAGCGUGUUUUUUUUGUUGUUUUUUUUUUUUUCAGAAAUUUAGUUUGUCUUAAAACAAAACUAAAUAUUUUAGCUAGAGUGCUGCUACACACUCUGCUACACACUCUGCUACACACUGCAGUUUUCUCCAGCAGCCGCUGGUUUCCAAUCUUUUCUUUACAGUAUGAGAACAGACUUGAAACUUGCUUUAGUUGAAUGAGGUGUUACAGUGAACAUGUCCUGAGUUUAUUAAACGUCUUUUUAAUUCAUGUCAGCAUCAUCAGCGUUAUUGUUACCAUGACUACAUGAAUCCCAUGAGAUGAUGGAAGUUUGACGAACACUGACUUGACAUGUAGGAUGAGGCUCUAACCCACAGUGUGUUAGUGUGUGUGUUAGUUUGUGUGUUGACCUGAUGAUCACCAGGUUCAUACAUAGCUGGCCUUGGAGACUGCAAGACUCGUAUCUGCUGACGAUGCCAGGUCCAAACAGAGCUUCAUGUUCUGAGUGUGGUCCUGUCAGAACGUGUGUGUGUGUGUGUUGCAGCUGUGUGAGGAGUGUGUGUGAGUGUGUAGUAUUGUGUUUUAGUGGGGAAAGGCCAGAGACACGUCAUCUGAUCACUCUUUUCCACGACGGGAACUUAACCCCCGUUUACCUGGAGCUUCACAGAAGCUGAACCUGUAGAAACCUGUGAACCGGUUCUCGGUUCUGCUGCUGUGUUUUCCAAGCAAGAAUAUGUGGGAUAUUUGUGACGAGCAUCAUCGUUUUGUUCAGGUUUGUUAGUGAGUGAUGAUUUCUGCACAUCAGUGUGUGAACGUUGACAAGCCCCACCCACAGCAGCGGGAGUCCGGCUGAAGUGAGUCACUGUGACACUGACUCCAGAUCAGCUCUCCAGAGCCAGCCGAGUCCCUCAGGACAGGUUCUGCUGCUCAGCUCUGUCCUGAGUUAGUCCAGUCACGUCACAUUUUCAUCCCACAAACAUUUGCUCUUCUUUUGAAGCCUGAAACAGACAAAGUCAAGUUUCCUGUUUCCUGUCUUUAUUUUAGUGUUUUACUAUCACACUACCAGACCAGACACUGUAAAACGUGUGACUCCCCAUGCACUGUUUAUAGUUUCUGAUCACUCUGAUCAGUAUAUUUAUAGAACCGGAGUCACGGUGUUGCUUCCAGACCUAAACGCACUCUCUUCUUAGGGAUUUCUUUCCCCCCGUGGAGCUGAAAACCUUGUUCCUGUGUUUUCAGGCAGAUCAGCUCCACAACAGCAGCUGCUACGAGAGACUGAAACCUUCCAUUUUACCAGUUCAGCUAAGGUCACUUUGUGAAAGACAACUACAGACGCCUCUCUGACGUCUCUGCUGUGCAGCCCAAAAACACCUUGGGCUCAUGGGAAAUGGUGUCUGAUAAAGGCCACUAAACACACAAAGACUACACAACAACAUUGUGUUUCAGAAAACUACCGUCAUCUUUUCGAAAUAUGUGAAGAAAGGCUCUGUUCCAGUUUUUAGUUUCAAAGGAGGUUUUCCUGCCUCUGGGACAGAACCUGGGCUUUCUGCUUUCAGGUCUCUGUCACUUGCGUUAGAAAUGAGACGUCAGGUCUCAGAGCUGAAGUGUGGAGUGAUGGUGAAGAGACUGUGUGUUUGAGGGCCGCCAUGCUGCUGCCUGGAAACAGUUUUCAGCUCCUGGAGAUGAUGAAUUAAUUCAGCUUUAACCCCCCCCCCACACUGAACAAAUCUACACUGCAGUGUGUCCUGUGUUACUGACUGUACUGCUGGUCCAGGUCCAGCUGCUGCAGGUUUUCCCCCAUAAAGUACCUGCACUGGACUCCUGAGGAGGAUCCAGGUUGUUAAGUUCCUGUAAUGGAAAAGACCUGUCAAACUAAACCCCACCUAUACCACCCUUUUCCCCUGACCCCACCCGCCUCCCCUCUCCCUUCCAGCUCCUGCAGAAGAAACUUGAAUUUUUUUGAUCAAGCGCUACUUUUCCUUUUACUUUUUUUUAUUGUUAUUCCACAUGUGCUUAGCCAUCCACACACAAAGCUGCAUAGAGGUUCAUGUACUGAUAGUAUUUAAGUUGUGUAUGUGUGCUUUGGGGUUUAGGGGUGGGGAGGGGUGGUAACGGACCUAUGAAAAUGAAGAUUACGAGAGGGGAGAGCCCUGAUUGGAGCUUUGCAGAGACACUGUGUGAUUCGAGACAGAGCUGUUUACGUUUUCUUUUUAUUUAACCUUUAUUUCCUGCAGGUUAGUCCGGGUGAGAUCAGGGGUCUCGUUUCCAGGGCUACCUGUCGAGGACAGCAGCUGCAUGUAAGACAGAGAAACACAAACACAGCAGGUGACAAAGAACUAACUGGUCUGAAUGCUCCUCCUGGCUUUACUUGAUCAAUGAACAUUUUAAAAACAAGUUGUUUGGGUGAUUUUGUGUCUGUGUAUGUGCGUGUGUGUGUGUGGGGGGUCACUGUUUUUCCAACAAGGCAGCAGGUAACAGGUAUGGCUGUGUCACCUGAGCCCUGCUCUGUGGGACUGAGCGCGUGCAGCACACCUGAUGUGAUUAAAGAGCUUUGACAGUUUCUCUGUGACCUGAUGGAGCUCAAAUUAUUCAGUGUGGAAACAUCAGCUGGUGAAAUAUUCGUAUGGACUCUCUCCUCAGAUCUUUUAUCUCCUGUUAAUCUCAGCGUUUCUUAGUGAACAGUGAUGUAAAAACACACUCAGGUAGUCGUUUAGAUUAAAAGCUAAUAAAUAAUUUAUCGGGCAAAUCCGGAGUUUUAGUUCUUUGAUUGUUCACUUAUUUAAUUCGAAAAGGAUUUGAUGAGGAAUUAAAACUCACUCAUUCACUCCCCUAACCCUAAU